AUGGAAUCCGCUUCUUGCCCCCUCGAGAGACUGCCUAGCGAGAUUUUGACCAUGCUUUUCCGCAACCUGGACAGCAUUUUCGAUCUGCAGAAUAUCAUGCUAGCUUCACCGCACGUUUGGCGACACCUCGAAAACGACCGGCAGGUUUCAUCGAUCCUGGACGAGCUACUGCAAAAGGACUCCAUUCACCGCCAACUCGCUUUCGCCGUACGCACUGUCGCAUACCUCCGCCACCAAUCGCCACAAUUGAUAGGUCAACUGAACGAUCUUGGACUUGACGUAUUUGAACCAGGGUUCAAUCGACCGAUAUCCAAUCUACCCGCCGAAGAAGAGCUGUUCGACACACUGCCUGAGAGCAUGGAGCCUGUGGAAGUCCGGAGUCUGCUCACAACUUCAGGCGCAAUCCAUGCUACAGCUUCGCGUUGCAUCAACUGCUAUCUCAGUCACUUCCAUGCAUUACGGCCGGUGCGAUCCAGAGACGGCGUCAAGUUCGACGUACGUAAUGAUAGUUGGGACGAUCUUCCGACUGGUCCACGAUUUCUAGUCCCUUAUACUGGUGCUCCACUCUGGACUGAGUUUCAACAACUCCUCAAAGCUUUCUGGAUGCUUCAGUUCGCAAAUUUGUUCUUCCUCCACCACAAACACCGCAGUUUCGACAUCCCAGAGGAUUGCCGGGACAUGGAGAUUGACGAUAUGAAGCCGAUUGAUCUAUUUGGAUUUGAGAGACAAGGCAGACAGGAGUAUCACAGUCGAAACCGUCCUAGAGACUAUCUCUUUCACAUGAUGCAGCUCUUCAUUACGGCGGAGGAGUAUUUGGCGGACGUCAAACGAGGAGCUGACAAGCAUCCUGAUUCAGAAUUGUUGUCCUGUGAGCAAGGAGUGGGAGACGCUCAAAUGUGGCCCGAUGUUUCCGAGACGAUGGAACAUUUCGUCCGACUUUUCAAGGACAUUCGGUCGCUCGAGAAUGGAGACGGCUUCUCCCCCUGGAGGCGACUCGGGUUCGCAAUUUGGGACAUUGCAAGACUUCGCAAGGCUGGUUUAGUCCACCAUCCUGAAAGAGACCGCGACGUCGACCGUGUGCGAUGGCUAAGCGUCAUCCGAGAAGACGAAUUUCCCAGAGUACAAAAUCAUCGACAGCAGAAGAAGGAAGGAUAUGUUUAUUAUCCAGAAGACUCAGACGAGUCUUCCAAGUCGCGACCCUACGGUAAUUCAGUCUACUGGCUACAUGACAAUCCAAGGAGGUCACUUGCGCUCGAGUUCGACAAACAGGCUCAUGAUACAUAG